AUGCCUUCUGCUAAUAGCAAUAGCUAUAUGCCGCCAUUGCUGCACUCUGGCCUAGAGACGGUCUGUGAAGGACUGGAUGAUCCUUGGGAUAACCUUAGGGCUAUUAAAUUCUUUACCUCGUUGGGCCGCCCUGUUCCAAAACUACCGUCCGCAGCCGAAAUUCUUGAUGAAGCCAAGAAAAGAGGACCGGAAAUAUUCCGCAAUUACAGGUUUUUAAAUACUGUCCUUGAAAGGCACGAGUCGAUGAUAUGGAAAAGAUGGGCCAAGAAAACCACCAAGCAAAGACUUGGUAUCCUGUCAAAAGCAUGGCCAGAUAGGCCGGCCAGCUACCGACCGGACUUUGCGGCAUUUCGACAAAAGGGAAGACAAUGGCAGGCCCAAGGCAGCAAAAGCACUGGCUGUUACAUGUGGCCUUAUAUCAACCAGGAGGACCUCUCCCAGACGCAGCCGCUUCUGCUGCUUCUUAAUGUACGAGGACGGGAGGUUCUAUCCAGCUUCGCAGCUGCUGAUCUGGAGGCUAUGCACCUGGGUAUAGUGAGCGAUGUCAUCGAGCGCCCGUUUUUGAACAGCUACACGAUGAUAUUGCAUGGAGUCACAGAUGGCUCCGAGUACGGAAGCCUGCUUUUCGCCCCGGCUGAUGGUAUUGUCGUGCUCAAGGCCCAAGACGCACUGAUGGAGUUUCUUGUUAACUGCUGCCAAGCUAUCCUCUAUGAUAUCCCGAAUGAUCAACUGGGUAGUGACGUGUAUCCCAUCCAGCUAGAGCCUCCUUUGAAGACGGAAGUUGAAUCGCUGGGAUUUGAGUCGUUGGCCGCAAUGGCCGCCGCAGCGCCUUACCGAGUCCCGGCCAAGUUUGAACUGGAAAAGGUCGAAUCCUUGCUCGCGGCCAAGAUACAAGCGGCAGAAGAUCACCUCUGGGCCUUGCGUGAGGAUCCUCACUACUUUUAUCAGCAUCUGACGCGGGUGAUUGGCAAUGUCCUUGUUGAGGGAUACUUUCAGCUAGAGACUUUCUCCGAACUCCAUCAACAGAGUAAGACGUUGGUGGACCUCCAAAGAAAGUACGCCGUAGAUAUUUCACCCAUGAAAGAUCUCCCUCGGGAGUAUUUACUCGCGCUUCUGCGCUUUCGCCACUUCCUCAAUCAAGCUGUGAAAGGCUCUUUGGCGCAGCUGAAGCAGACCGUGGUGGUGUCUCCGCCAAUGCGAAGAUUCUAUGCUCGACUUCCCCCAAUGGAUCGCACUUCGUCCAAAAUGCAGAUUGUGUCCAAGGGUAUCAAGAUGUCCAAGAUCGAGGAGAAUCUUAACCAUCUGCUCCGAACACUCUGGGAGGACGACCAUGACCUCUUUCUCUUUAGACUUUCCAAUGUGGUUGACGAACUAGAACGUCUCUUAGAAGCCGAGCCAGCAGCAAGAGACCUCAUCUCAUUCCACGUGGCCAAGAUCAUCGGCAAUCUUUCCAUUCAAUCCCAGUCCUUCCACGACGCCAAUCUCGGGAAAACUGCGAGAUUCGGAGAACCGCUGUCUGGGAGGUUCACGUACCCCAUCGACAAACGUCGCACGAAGGAGAAUGUGGAAACGCUGCGACGAGCGGAGCGGAACCUCGAUGUAUUCUGGGCCAGUGUCGACCGUCUGCUGCAUGCAAAGCUUGGGAAAUUGCAAGCAUCUGCUGUGCAGGGGCUUUUUUCACAGGCUCGUCUCUUGCAACGGACGCCGGAAUGGGUCGAGCCAUUAGCGGGUCAAAAUGAAGACACGGCAACCCGGCCGUUUUUCGCAGUUGACAAUCGCGCGCUCAAAGUUUUCCGUACUUUGUUCUUCAAUCCUGCUGUUACGUCAACGCCUGGAGAACUCCCGUGGAGUCACUUUGUGCAUGCUAUGACGUCGGUUGGAUUCGGAGCGCAGAAGCUCUAUGGGUCCGUGUGGCAGUUCUCGCCUGUCAUGUCUGACUGUCUAGGAAGUAUUCACUUUCACGAACCGCAUCCAAGUGGCAAGCUGUCGUUUGUAGUAGCUAGACGCUUUAGUCGGAGACUAACUAGAGCUUACGGUUGGACUGGAGAGCAGUUUGGUCUUAGCAAGUAAGAAUUGAAGACUUGGGAAGGAUGAGCAGGCUGGAUUUGAAAUGCCGACUGUCCAAGAAUAAACUGUUGAGUCCGAAGCCAUAGCCGGCAGCUCUGUCCGGGGAUAGCACAGUUGGCCAACAACCUCGCGUACGUUUAGGAGACCGUUAACUAAGAUAAAUGGAUCUUUCGGCUAGAUUUUCUUGUGCUCUCUUUCCUUCAAACUUCGUCUGAAUUCCCCUAGGUAGUAGAAUAUAAAUACUGGGAAUAUACCUAAGAUAUAUACUUAGAAGUAGGGGGUCCAGUACUUAAUUUAUAAUGACUUACUGUGAGGUAAUUGGGUUCUGGAC